UGAUCUCAACCCAAGGCAAAGGUGGGAUAUCAUGGCAUCCGUCUGGGUUGGACAUCGAGGAACUAUUAGAGAUUAUCCAGGCAUUAGCCCAUCAGUUGAUGCUGAAAUUAUUCACAAGGCAAUCAGAGGAAUUGGAACCGAUGAGAAAGCACUCAUCAGCAUUCUGACGGAGAGGUCGAACGCACAGAGGCAGCUGAUUGUGAAGGAAUAUCAAGCAGCUUAUGGAAAGGAGCUGAAAGAUGACUUGAAGGAUGAUCUUUCUGGCAACUUUGAGAGUGUCAUGGUGGCCCUCGUGACUCCACCAGCAGUGUUUGAUGCAAAGCAGCUGAAGAAAUCCAUGAAGGGAAUUGGAACAAAUGAAGCUGCAUUGAUUGAAAUUCUAACCACUAGAACAAGCAGGCAGAUGAAGGAGAUCGCCCAAGCCUACUAUACAGUAUAUAAGAAGAGUCUUGGAGAUGACAUUAGCUCUGAAACAUCUGGUGACUUCCGGAAAGCUCUAUUGACUUUGGCUGAAGGAAGAAGAGAUGAAACUCUGAAAGUAGAUGAACAUCUGGCUAAAAAGGAUGCUCAGAUUCUCUAUAAUGCUGGUGAGAAGAGAUGGGGCACGGAUGAGGAUAAAUUCAUCGAGAUCCUGUGUUUAAGGAGCUUUCCUCAACUGAAACUAACAUUUGAUGAAUAUAGAAAUAUCAGCCAGAAGGACAUUGAGGACAGCAUAAAAGGAGAAUUAUCUGGGCAUUUGGAAGACUUACUGCUGGCCAUAGUUCAUUGCGUGAGGAACACACCUGCCUUUUUGGCUGAAAGACUGCAUCGAGCUUUGAAGGGUGCUGGAACUGAUGAAUUUACUCUGAACAGAAUAAUGGUUUCCAGAUCAGAAAUUGACCUUUUGGACAUUCGAGCAGAGUUCAAAAAGCAUUACGGCUAUUCCCUAUAUUCAGCUAUUAAAUCGGAUACUUCUGGAAACUAUGAAAUCACACUUCUAAAGAUCUGUGGAGGAGAUGACUGAAUCAAGAAGAUAAUCUCCAAAGGUCACCUGCUUCCAUAGUGGUCUUUCCCACCAGCUACAUUUCCUUCCUUCUCAGAGUACUAAAAAGUUUAUAUAUGUAAGCAGCAACUUGUUUUCCUAACAGCAAUUUUCAUUGUCUCAUAACAAUAACAAAAAGUGAGUAUUUUAGAGCACCUCAUUCAUAAUGUAGUAGUUUCUAAAUGAAAUUUUGAAAUAGUAUUAAAAUUUCUGCUAAUUCAAAUUAUGUUUCUGCCCAAGAAGUGAGAAUUUUGUGUGGUUCUAAAUCAUUAAAUAUAAUAACAUGCAAUAAAAUUGUUUCCUUUGUUAAAGGUAA